ACGUUGCACAACCCAAAACUUAUAUGUUCAAAGUCCAUAUACAGUUGAAUUUUAAUUCGUUUCCGAGACUAUAAUGACAACAUCGGCACUAUGCAACCUCUUCAUCGCGAUAUCAAUCCACUCAGAUCCAUCCUUAUCUCAAGGCGUCAAUCAGCCCCACCUUGACGACAGCAUCAUCGUGGAUGUCUAUUUGUCAUCCUCUAGACUCAAUAUUCACUCAUGAUCUCCUUCAAUUCUCCCUCUCGUACUUCCGAUUGACAACUUCAUUCCCAGUACCUUCAUCAUGACGCUCGUCAGAAUUACCAACAACAAAACCCUCAAAGGCCACAAAGCCGUAAUCUUCUCAACAGUUGAACCACCAAAGGCUCAGAUUGACGCUAUUCAGAAACAGUUCCCUGAUUUGACUAUCAAGACUUUCAUUCAGCCAUGGGGUGCACCUCUAGAUCCUAGUUUCAAGGAAGAAGAGUGGCAAGAUACUACUGUUUUAUUGACUGCCACCUUGUUGCCAAAACCAGAGCAGGCGCCGCAUUUGCAAUACGUUCAGCUUACGAGCGCUGGUGCCAACCAUCUAAUCAAAGAUCCCCUCUUUACGGAUACAAAGAUUCCAUUUUCGACCGCCAACGGAGUCCAUGGACCUCAAAUUGCGGAGUGGAUAAUUACUACUUAUCUAUCUCAUCGACUUCAUUUGAAGGAAUAUACAAAGCUUCAAGAUGAAGGAAAAUGGAAACGUCUUCAUCAGGGCGCCGAAGAUACUGAAGACACAGCUGGCAAGCGAAUUGGCAUCCUAGGCUACGGCAGUAUCGGCCGUCAAACAGCCCGUCUGUCAAAAGCUUUAGGUUUAGACGUUCAUGCCUACACUCUCCACCCUCGCAACACUCCAGAGUCUCGCCGCGAUGACUCCUACACGCCCCCAGGCCUUGGUGACCCAGAGGGUGAAUUCCCUAGCAAAUGGUUCUCCGGCGGAUCCAAAGAAGAAAUCCACGAAUUUCUCGAUUCAGGACUAGACAUCCUCGUCAUCUCAGUGCCAUUGACUGACAAAACGAAGGGAUUGAUCUCGAAGCCUGAAUUUGAAAUUCUUGGUAAGAAGGGAACUUUCUUGAUUAACAUUGCGAGAGGACCUAUCGUCAAUACCGAUGAUCUUAUCGAGGCGCUGAAUUCGGAGACUAUCAAGGGUGCAGCGCUUGAUGUCACCGAUCCUGAGCCUUUGCCAGAUCAGCAUCCACUGUGGAGUGCGAAGAAUGUGACUAUUACGCCACAUAUCAGUGCUGCUUCCUCAUUUUACUAUACGAGGUUGUUGGAUAUUUUUAGAUUGAACCUUGAGAGGUUGAGUCAGGGACGAAACGAUUUCAUCAACAAAGUCAACCGGAAGGAAGGUUACUAGAGGUUUUCGAACGAAGAUAUGAAAAACCAUUGAAUAUGUUUCGGUUUCCUAUCUUCUAUACGUGAUAGAAAUGGACACAGGAAAUAAAUAAACCGCAUAAUUUAGAGAAUGUAGGAGUGAUAUUGAGCUACACGGUUACUGAACCAUUUUCUUUUCCAUCAAGACCCUGAUCCUCUGCACCUCAGCAGAACCAUACGUUUCCUCCAGCAUCUCCAUGACUCCCAACGCAGUGAUCUCUGGAUCCCACAUAUCCUUCGAAAUCACAGCACUGACAUCCGAAAACUGCACGAGCUCCCUUACAAUCUCAGUCCAACGUGAAGUUCCUUCAGGGUUGAUAUCGUAGUAUUCAAUCCAUUCCCUCCGCUUUGCAUCGCGAAGAUGACGAAGAACAGCCAGCCAUGGAGUAAUUGACUGAUGUGUGAUGAAGUGUUUGUAUUUAUGAUUGGGACCUGGGUUGAUGCGUGAGGGAUUGUUGAGAAGCCAAUGGACGAGCUUGGGUGACGACACGGGGAAGAUGGUUUUGUUACGAGAGCAGAGAAAUUCUGUCGCGUAUGAGAGUAAAGGUGUAGACCCGUCCUCUUGCUCUUCUUCCACCGCUUGUUCUUCACGAGUCAGGUCCUCAACUUCCUGACAGACAUAAGUUGCCAGACCGAACUUGGUCGCAAGACACAAAAACGGCCGAUGAAUAGGAGGCGCUUUCAUCCUAACCUCAUAAGCCCCAAACGUACUCUUUGCCCAAUGGUCAUAAGGAUCAGACGGCUUCUCAAGCCAGAGCCAAGAAAGGGCCUUAUCCAUCUCAUUCAAGAAUUUCCGCUGAAGGCCCUGAGCAUCGUUAACGAUGUAUCGUGCAUGUGUCAUGGCGAGUGCAAUAUCAGGAUACCACUCAUCUAAACGCCGAUGAUGCUCUAUUUCUUCGAGAGGAUACUUCAGACGAAGGACAUAUGAUCUCUGAAGUUGAAUAUGAGGGUCAAAGUCUGGAGACUGGAGUGCUUCAAGACGUUUUCCUGCUCCGCCGUCCAUGAGCCAGUCUCGAACUGUACGGUGUAUGUAGAUGACUUUGCUCGUCGUGAUGAGACUUGCAACGUUGGCAUGUCUAUCCUGGAACUUUGGAACACGCAUAUUGCCCAUGGGCUUGGCAACGUGGACGUUCAAAAGCCUUGCGAAGCGAGCUUGAAUAUACUGAACUGUAGUUCCGCACCGUCUCUGAAUUUCUUCAUCCGAAGCUUCCACCACUUCGCGAUCGAGAGCCAUAACAUCGUCCUCUUUGAAAAGCGCAAAGGCAAGUUCCCAGACUGUCAGCGAGUUGGAGGACUCAUCUUUGAUAAAGUCCGCGACAAUUUCCCUGGCAUGCAUGAGCUGGAACAGAGUGGCAGUCUGCACGAUCUCCGAGGAUGUCUGGUCCUUGAAAAGAAGCUUCUCGAAGAGAUCAUCAAGAUCAGUGGGAAGUUCUUUCAGAGUUGUCUCCAGAACUUCGAACUUGCUGUUCUUCUGAAAUGUUACGAGCAUACGCUCAACUGCGAGUCUAACCCAUAAGAAAACCCCAUUGGCCUGUUCAACCACCGUAGUGACUAACAGAUGAGUCGACUCCGGAUUCUGUUUCAUCAGCCUUCGAAUCUGGUUAUUCGCCUUGAGUGUAUCUGUUGCAUAGCGGUACAUAUCGUCGUAGCUCAGGUCCUGAAGCUUGGUAUUUGGGACAGAUGUUUCAAAUGCCUUUUCAAAGACAUCCCAUGGCCGAGAUGAGAGACAGAGUUUGAGUGACUUUCCAUCAUAUCUGGAUGUUAAGUCCUUGAAGAAGUUGAUGAUUUGGACAUGAUCGCCAUCAAACUCAUCAAGACCAUCGAUGAAGAGACAGAUAUUCACGCUAUGCAAGGCCGCGUCGAGAAGAGAGUGAAAGGCAGCCUGUAAAUCUUGGACGGUCCAUUCCAGAGCAAAGUUGACUCGUUCUUUGGUUGUCAUCUGUCGCAAGCGACUCCAGAGAUCAGGAAACGCCUUUUCAAUGAGCUCUGGAUCAGAAGACAGCAACUGAUGCAGGAGAUAUCGCAGCAGGCCAGUUUGCGACCUCUGCUGCCGAGAUCCACUCGUCCAGAAGAAGAAGCCCGCUGUAUUGACUCUCUUCUUGCCACCCCAUCUGCGAAGAUGAUACAGCGCAACAGGAUGCUGGGAGAGGUAUCUCACGAGCGUGGAUUUACCAGACCCGGGUUUUCCAGUGAUCCAGUAGAUAGGACCCAGCUCCGUGCUGCUAAGCCAUGAGACGAAGCUUCCUCUGAAGUUCUGACACAGAGAUUGAUGGAUGGGCGAAUUGUCAAAGAUCCAAUCAAGAGUCUUACCGUGGGCUUCAGUGACUUGGCUUUCGCGAUCAUGCAUACUUUUGUAUGACAGACUCUCGAGAAUGAAGUCAUUGAUGAGGCCGACGGGAGCUAGCCUCGGGGGUCUCGGGAUAACCGGGAUCUGCCCGGGAGACUUGCCAGCAUCAUCGUGAGCAACUGGUUCCGUGCUCCCAAUUGAACUCUUCGUCUCAAUCUCUUCCGGCUCAAGCUCACGGCCUGUGAG